GCUAAGCACCAACUACUACUGGCGAGAGGCAAUCCUUUGGUUGAAUUCACUUGGUCUCAUGCCUAUAGGAGGCGUUAUAAUGGGCAGAAAGGCAAUAUAUACUGAGUAUAAUCUAUUGCCAACACGAGUUUAGGUGCCCAAAUACGACGGGAAUGACGCGAGCAGGUGUGGGGUCGUGAUGCUUGAUAAUCAGGCUCUUCAUCUUCAGCUCCCUGCCGAGUUCCGUGGAUAAGUAUUAAUUGCUUCGCUUCAGCUGUAUGUAACCAGUUGAAGGGUCCCGAUAGAUUUAUUUGCGACUCGGCACUACCUAGCUAUCUAUAUCGUAUAUCGUGACAGCAAAAUGCCACUCAUUGCUCAGAACCCAGUCCCAAGGACAAUCCUUGGGCUGAUGACAUACGGUACGGACGAAUCAGCAGGCGCUCGUAUCACCUCGUUGGAUGAGUUCAACAAGCACUUGGACUAUAUCCAGCAACAAGGCUUCAACGAAGUCGAUACCGCACGUCUCUACAUUGGCGGGGCACAGGAAGCUUUCACAGCGCAGGCAAAAUGGAAGGAGCGAGGCUUAAAGCUGGCAACCAAGGUCUACCCGACAGCUCCUGGUCUCCAUAAACCCGAUGCUCUCCGCGAGAGAUUCGAGACAUCCCUUAAGGAGUUGGGGACAGACCAGGUUGAUAUCUUCUACCUGCACGCGCCGGACCGGUCUGUUCCAUUUGACGAGACAUUGGAAGCCGUUAACGAGCUCCAUAAGGAGGGCAAGUUUGUGCAAUUAGGGUUGAGUAAUUUCACUGCAUUUGAACUUGCAGAAGUUGUCACUCUUUGCAAUGAGAGGGGCUGGGUACGACCGACCAUUUUCCAGGCAAUGUAUAACGCAAUCACACGUUCAAUUGAAACCGAGUUAAUUCCUGCCUGCAAGCGCUACGGCAUCGAAAUAGUCAUUUACAAUCCCCUUGCUGGUGGAAUUUUCUCUGGAAAAUACAAGACGAAGGAUAUUCCCGCGGAGGGCCGAUACAGCGACAAGUCCAAGAGUGGUGAAAUGUAUAGGAAACGGUAUUUCCGGGAUGCCACCUUCGAUGCCUUGGCCGUCAUCGAACCCGUAGUGCAGAAACACGGGCUUACACUGCCUGAGACUGCGCUGCGUUGGGUUCACCACCACUCCAAGCUCAACAUCGACGAUGGACGGGACGGAAUCAUCAUUGGUGUGAGCAGCUUUGCCCAGCUAGAAAGCAAUCUCAGAGACGUGCAAAAAGGCCCUCUUCCAGAGGAGGUCGUUGAGGCGCUAGAUAAUGCGUGGCUAGUCGCAAAACCGACAGCUCCAGAUUAUUGGCAUCUGGACCUUAAGUACACAUACAACACCCAGGAAGCGUUGUUCAAGCCAAAGUCCAAGGCUUAGGCGCCAUGGGACAUGCCAAACUUGGAUGGGAGCACAAGCUUGUGCCAAAUAUAUUUUUUAUUCUAGCCCUUCCUUCGAUAUAUUGAAAAUUUAUCAGCCUUGCCCAGAAUUCUUACCUAAUUUGAAAAAGAAUAGAGCGUAUCAGAAUCUCCAUCCAAAAAUACAUUGGAGAUACAAUCUGUGCAAUGAGUUCAUUCGUCGCCAGCUGUUCAUACACAGCCACAAAAAAUCAGGCAACUAUGGCUUGGAACAAGCCGCAGUUUUGGGGCGCUUU